AUGUCGCGAUCAACACUACGUCRCACAUUGCGACACGGCUACGUGUGUUCACAAUGCACGCACUCCAUCCGAACACGGCUUCCAAGCGUACGCGCCUUUCACAGCACGAAAUCGAGAAAGAGUGAGAGCGUGCUCAGCCUGCUGGAGCAGCGUGGAUACAUACACCAGAUCGCCGGGGACCGUAAUGUUCUCGAGCGUCUGUUACAGACGCGUCCCGUCGGCUUCUACGCGGGUGUCGACCCGACAGCACCAUCGCUGCACCUUGGACAUCUACUACCUCUGAUGAUGCYCUUCUGGCUCCACCGCCGCGGUCACCACGUCGUCAGUCUUUUGGGCGGGGCUACUGCCAAGGUUGGCGACCCUAGCGGCCGGCUCACCUCACGUGCCGCUACCACAGCGGCGACCAUUGACGCCAAUUUCAAUGCUCUGCAUUCUCAGCUGGGGAAUCUUUGGGAGAAUGUGCUGCAGUAUGGAGAGCGGCAUGGGGAUCAGCCAGGGAAUAGAGGACGGCGUGAAUUGUUGAACAACGCGCAGUGGUUGGAUGAGCUCAGUAUCCUCGACUUCUUGCGUCUACUGGGCAAUGGCAUGCGAUUGGGAGCUAUGCUGGGAAGGGACACGGUGAAAAACAAGAUGGACAAAGGUGAUGGAAUGUCUUUUGCUGAGUUCACAUAUCCUCUGUUGCAAGGCUGGGACUGGUGGCAGAUGUACCAGGACCGGGCUGUACAGGUCCAAAUUGGCGGAAGUGACCAGUAUGGUAACAUUGUGGCCGGGAUUGAUGCGGUCAAGUACAUUGCACAAAAUCAAUCAGCCUCGUUAGGCCAACAAGCAUGGCUAGACACCGAAGGUCGACUGAAAGACGAACGAACACCCAUGGGCUUAACAGUACCGUUGCUCACUACCGCGAGUGGAGAGAAAUUUGGGAAGAGUGCCGGAAAUGCGAUCUGGCUGGACCGCACUCUCACAUCCUCAUUUGAUCUAUACGGCUUCUUGCUGCGCUCGUCGGAUGAAGACGUCGAACGAUAUCUCAAGCUCUUCACAUUCGUCCCGCUGUCAGACAUCAGCACCAUCAUGCAAGAGCACAAAGCAGAUCCUGGCAAGCGCAAAGCCCAGCAUUUGCUCGCCGGAGAAGUGCUCGAGCUCGUUCACGGCCCAGAAGAGGCCAGCAAGACUCGUGCUGAACACCAGGCAAUGCGUGCGCCUACUCUCACGUCGCUCCUGAGGCCGGCAAGCCCGAAGGGCGAAACAGCUGCCGACGACCAGUCCGCACAGCGAAUAAAGCUUGGCCGGUCUUUGGUUCACGAUGUACCCUUCGCUCGCAUCUUGUUCCAUGCUGGGCUUGUAAGUACAAAGUCCGAGGGCGCACGCACCAUUGCGAAAGGAGGUGCAUACGUUGCUGUGCCCGCAUCCUCAUCAGCGCCGACGGUAGGAGGCGAAGAGGGACUAGACUUCGUACAGAUCACCAGCGAGCGACCAGCCGAUGCGCAGAACCUUGUCAUGGACGGCUUGCUGGUCCUCCGGCUUGGAAAGUGGAAGGUCCGUGUCAUUGAAGUCGUGGACGGAUAG